AUGGCCUCAUACAGAGAAUCGUCCGCAGCAGCCUUCUCAAUCAAAGAGCCAUCACCCUCGAUGUUUGAACCAAACUAUGCGUCAGACUCUCCCUAUCCCUUUCUUCGCAGCUACAAGCUGGAUAGCACCAUUUCAGAGGUAUAUGAAGACGAGCUGUACAAGCCAUCAAUGCAAAAUGUGCCAAAAACUAUUUCGCCAAAGGACGCGCUGCUGGAAGAUUUGGACGCGCUGCUAGAGGACUUGAACGACGCAGAAGAAGAUGAUAUGGCUUACCUUUUCACGAAAUCUGAAAUGCCUGGAGUCUCUGCUCUAAAUCCAGGGAAUGUAUUGCAUAAAGACAAGAACAACAAUCAGACCGAGAAGGUCGAGCCUCUUGCCACUAAGAAUCAUCCCUCAAAACCUAGACGACUCGAUCGUCCCUCAAGAUCACAAAGAUUAUUACGAGGAACAUUAGGAAAAAUGGAGGCGCCGCCUUCCGAUGAGGACUCCCCGCCGGGACACGAGCCCUCUGAAGGCUUGGAAGCUCUGCCUGAAAUGCUCCUACAACCAGACACUAGGCCCAUCUCUCAUGAACAGCUUGUAGUAGAACUGGAGGGUAUCUGGGCUGGCUUAGUCAUGGUGGAAGCUAAGUGUACUGAUAUUGACGAAAGCCAAUCAGCUGCCGCCCAGGAGAAGGACCCCUCCAAAAAGACUGACUUGAAGAACGAUCAGUGGCAGUCACUCAUUGCACUUCACAAACAAUUAUUGCAUGAGCACCACGACUUUUUUCUCGCCUCCCAACAUCCUUCAGCGAGUCCAGCUCUAAGCAGAUUAGCAGCCAAUUACUCAAUGCCGGCUCGAAUGUGGCGACACGGGGACAAGCUGUACAAUCCACCAAUGCAAAAUGUACCAAAAACCAUUUCGCCAAAAGACGCGCUUCUAGAUGGCAUCAGGCGCCUUUCUCGCAAAGUCUCCCCUGGUUUAUCGAGGCCAGCGACCUUCAAGAGGCAGGAAGGAGAAAAACGAGAAAGGUUGACUCCCGUGGAAUCUACUUCAGGAGUCGGUAGUCUCCUAAGGACCAAACAAGGAUUGGUUGGCUUUGCGAAUGGUUCCAGAAUCGCCGCCAUGGCUGACACGGGAUCAAGAACGAAUGUAAUAUCUGCAUCUUAUGCGAAGAAGCUGGACCUCAGUAUCGAGGGGCUGCCAUCUACCUUUGCAAUCGGCAGUUCACGCAAGAUUCAAUCCCUCGGUAAGUACAUACCUAUAUGCUGUAUUUCCUUGUGA